CAUACUUUAUAAAAAUCUGCGGGGAAUGGAAACUGAGAUUCAAGUUUUUUUUCUUUUGCGACACCUCAAACUCUACUCCUUUACUAUCAUCUAUUUAUCACCAUGUCAGACAGCCACGCAGAAGAAAAUUUAAAUUUUGCGGCUACCCGACAUGGCUGGACGCGGAACUUCACUAUCACUCCAGAGAAAGUUGUUACCAUGUCCUACGCCACACUAGAAUCUGUUCUCGAGCUGAACACACUGAAAAUUCGAGCAAUGUCUUUGCGAAUCUUCGCUGAGCAUCCUCCCGCAUCAAACAAUUUCGUAAAAAUCCGGCCAUGGAAGGAUGAUGGCACAUUGCAGUCCAUCCUUAUGAAGGCCUUUUUUGAAGAGCGUAUGAAGGCUGGCGUUACGACUAAUCUGGACAUCCGCGAUGGAAACAUUCGUGAGAAUGAUAUUGGCGACGGAGGCAAAGACGGAUCUGGAGGUAUUGGUGCUAAGGAAUGGCUUAAGGCCCAUGGAUUGACGAAGCCCAAGAGCAAUAACCCGAAUCCGUCAGUGGCAGCAGAAUCAGAGGAGCAUGAUACCGAGCAAGCUGCAGCGGUCAUCGGGGGAAACGGUUUCUUCUCCGCAUUUGGAUUUGGCAAAACAUCUGUAGCACUAACGCCUCCAAAAUCUGAUGAGGAUGUUUCUGAAGUUGACAAUCAUUCACUCAAAGCCUCUGAAAAGGGACUGAAGACUGAAGAAGACAUCCUUCGCGAGCGAGGAUGGGGCCCCCCUCUGAUGCGUCGCUUGACAAACCGCAACCUGAAAUCACGGAAAUCGCAAGCUCCCAUUGAAGAAAAAGAUAUCCAAGAAGAAGGCGACGGCGAAGAAAUUGAAAUCCCCGAAGCUGAAGAGGCGAAUGGAGGAGCCCGGCCAGAAAAGAACGCUCUUUGGCGCAAGCACAAAAAUAAUACCUUCCUUGGUAGCGGGAAGAAGGCCAAGAGUGGUGUGGAGAUUAUCAAGACUCCUUCAGAUGCUCUUAAACCUGCAUUGUCGGCCCCAGCAUCGCCCUCGAAGACGACAUGAACUUUCAUCUUGUUCACGAUCAUUUGUCCUCCCUCUUUUGUUACGAUCAUGAUAUCCUUCUAAUUGAAUACUCUACCCCGAUUACUGCACUUUAUCUUAUGUACCUCCGAGAUUGGCUGUUGUAUAGCUCUUCAUGUUAAAUCGACAUGUGUUUCGACUUACGAUUUUGUACAUACUGAAUGCGUGUCCUACUUCCU